GUAACAAUCAUAGAGAGAAAAGAUAAUAGCAGUGGAACCGACAGACGAAGCAAAGCUAGAGCUGAACCAGAUAACCAAAAAUUUCCACAUUUCCAGGCACGAGACUUAGAUAAUCACAGCUAGCCUGAUCGAUUCAAAUUCCAACUAUCUUUCACCAGGAAACUACUAGAAUUCUGCUACUGCAUCUGCUCCAACUAUGCAAAAGAGUCGAGACCUGUGCUAAUUUGGUGGAUCCUCUUCCACCCACUACCUGUCUUCUUCGUAUCUUUGGCUAAAAAAGUUAGCUGCGUUGACUUCCUUCUCUGGAAUAAUGGGCAAUUGCUGCUCCGUACAAUGUAGUUUCGAGAAUAUCCUUCUUCGUGGCUGGGAUUUCAUUGUUGGUCAUGCUAAUUAUGUCUGCAAGCUUAAACAAACUCUUCCAACUUUAUCUUCUGCUCUUCAAGAACUGAGGGCACAAAGAAAUGACGUGCGAAGGCAGGUUGAUCUUGCAGAACAACGACUAUUGAAGCCAUUUGAGCAAAUUCAGCUAUGGCUUUCAAAAGCAGAAACUAUGAUAACAGAGGCGGAGGAAUUGGUUUCGAAUGGUCCUCAACAAAUGAAUAACUUGUAUCUCGGUGGCUGCAUUUCCAAGAAUUGCUUGUCUAGCUACAAGUUUGGUAAAAAAGUGGCCAAAAUGCUUCAAGAAAUAAGUGAUCAUAAGAGUAAAGGAGCUUUUGAGAAAGUAGCGGAGAACCAGCCCGCAGCUUCAGUGGUAGUAAGACCUAUAGAGCAGCCGGUUGCUCUAGAAUCCACAAUCCAAAAGGUAUGGAGUUGCAUCGUAGAAACAGAUGUGGGGAUCAUUGGCCUCUAUGGCUUGGGGGGCGUUGGCAAGACAACACUCUUGACCAAGCUCAACAACAAGUUCAGCACCACACCGAAUGGUUUCGAUGUUGUUAUCUGGGCACUGGUGUCUAAAGAUUACAAUGUUGGAAAGAUUCAAGAGAGGAUUGGUGGAAAUCUUGGGUUUUCAGAUGACUCAUGGAAGAAUAAAAGUGUUGACCAGAAAGUUACAGAUAUCUAUGGGGUCUUGCGCAACAAGAGAUUUGUUGUAUUAUUGGAUGAUUUAUGGGACAGGGUGGAUUUGAACCAAGUUGGGAUACCAAAACCAAGCCAAGAAAAUGGUUCCAAACUUAUUUUUACUGCUCGAUCUUUGGAGGUAUGUGGCGAAAUGGGAGCUCAAAAGAAAAUCAAAGUGGAGUGCCUGGAACCGGGGAAGGCUUGGGAAUUGUUCCAAGACAAGGUUGGAGAUGAAGCUCUUAACAGCCAUCCAGAUAUUCCAAACCUAGCUAAACAAGUAACUGAAAGGUGCGGUGGGCUGCCUCUUGCACUAAUUACAAUCGGUCGUGCCAUGGCUUGCAAGACAACACUUGGGGAAUGGAAUUAUGCAAUUGAGAUGUUGAAGCGAUGUGCAUUGCCAAAAAUGGAAAAUGAGGUAUUUCCGCUUUUAAAAUUCAGUUAUGAUAAUUUGCCUAAUGCUACAAUGAAAUGUUGUCUCUUAUAUUGUUGUCUGUAUCCCGAAGAUUAUUGUAUUCCCAAAAAGAGAUUAGUGGAGUAUUGGUUUUGUGAAGGGCUACUGAAUGGAUUUGAUAGAAUUAGUGAAGCUCAAAUGCAAGGAGACCACAUAAUCUACUCUCUUAUUAGUGCUUGUUUAUUGGAAAAUGUUGGUGAAAUAGAUGGAGAAGAUUGUGUGAAGAUGCAUGAUGUGAUCCGUGACAUGGCUUUAUGGAUUACACGUGAGUUUGAAGCAACAGAGAAUAAUUUUUUUGGAAAAAUAGGGGCUCAAGUAUUUGAAGAACCAAAUGUUAAGGCAUGGGAAAAUAUAAAAAGAAUAUCAAUGAUGGAAAAUAAGAUUGAAGUUCUCAAAGAAACACCCAAAUGCCCUAACCUUCGAACCUUGUUUCUUAGCCAAAAUGAGUUGCAAGUGAUCAGCGAUGGUUUCUUCCAAUUUAUACCUCAUCUAACUGUUUUAGAUUUGUCAGGAAACCUUCGGUUACGAGCUCUACCCGUUGGAAUUUCACAAUUGGUUUGUCUAGAAUGUUUUAAUCUAUCUUAUACCGGUAUAGAAGAGUUGCCAGCAGAGUUGAAAUCGUUGACAAAACUAAAAAUGUUGGACUUGAGUUAUAUGCACAAUCUCAAAAAAAUCCCACAACAUGUGAUAUCUAAUUUUACCAAGUUGCAAAUAUUCAGAAUGUGGUUGGUGCAAAAUAGAGAUUAUCCUAAUGAAGACAAUGUUUUGUAUGGGGGUAAUGAAAAGUUAAUGGAGGAGUUGAGAGGUUUGCAACAUUUGAAUAUACUAUCGAUACCGAUAAAAAGCAUGUUUUGUCUAGAAAGAUUCUUGAACAUUAACUUGUUUCUAUGUUGGACCCAAGCACUUCAACUUUGUGAUUUUAGAGACUCAAAAAUAUAUAAUAUUUUAUGCUUAAAAAAUUUGGAGUGUCUACAGACACUAAGUUUCAGCAAUUGUGAAAAUAUGGAGGAGAUGAAAAUGGAAAAGCUGCUAAUUAAUGCUUCAUGCCAUCACACAUUGAGCACAGUUGAAAUUUAUGAGUGUGACAAAUUGAAAGAUAUGAGCUGGCUGAUUCUUGCUCCAAAUUUAAGAAAUCUUAAGAUAUAUUUGUGUGAUAAAAUGGAAGAAAUAUUGAAUGAGGGAAAGCUUGGUGAAGUUGCAGGUGUGAUUGGAAAUCCAUACGCUAAAUCAUUUUUUAAGCUUGAAACACCCUGCUUAUUUUGGCUACCGAAGUUGAAGAGCAUAUAUUGGGAUGUCCUACUCUUUCCAUGUCUAAAACUUAUUCGUAUAAAUGCCUGCCGAGAACUGAAGAAACUUCCUCUCCACUCAGAUAGUGCGAAAGGGAAUCAACUCAGCAUUGAGGGAAGCAAAGAUUGGUGGGCAACAGUAGAAUGGGAAAAUGAAGCCACUCGAGAUGCUUUUCUCCCUUCUUUCAAGUCUGUUCCUACAUGAAAUGUACAAAAUCCUGCUUCUCUUUCUAUUUUGGCAUCAAAUGUUCCAUUAGUUGUAAAGGAUAAUUAAAUGUAUUAACAGUUGAGUUGAUGAUUAUCAAAUAUUUUAUUUCAGUCUAACAA